UGGUAGACGCUUGGUUGGUGACUCCAUUGCUCCAUUUCCUUGAGCCUUGAGCUUUCCGUUUUGCCUCCUUUUUCUUGUGCUGCGGUUGGAAUUGCUACUUUCCCAGUACAAUGUCUUUCAAUCGAGGAAUAAAACGUGAUUCCUUUGGGAAUCGAAACUUCAAUAAUCGUGGAGGAGGUGGCGGAGGAGGUAGCGGCAGUGGAGGACGAGUUGGAAACAUGGGAGGAAGUGGAGGAGGUAUGGGAGGUGGUAUGGGAGGUGGUGGCGGAGGUGGCGGUGGCAGUGGAAGUAGUGGAAUGAAUCCUUGGGAAGGUGGAAUGAUGCCUGGCAGAGGAAUUUUACCAACACCAAACAAUAAUUUGUCUCUAGCAUCGCCGCAAGCACAGCUAGCAAUAGCCAGCAAUCUUCUUACGAAUUUACUUCGUACUCAGCAAGAAGUACAACCACAGCAAGUACCAUCGCUUCUCAGUCUUGGUAAUAAUUUCUCUGGGCCAGGACCAAACUUUCCAAAUCAACAGAAUUUCUCUUCAGGUCGUUUUAACGAUCGUCCUGUUAGGCAUCCUAUGAAGAAUCAACGACCGCAGCCGUAUAACAAGAUGGGCAAUCGCGCCCGUGAUGGCCCUGCUGGGCGACGUGGUCCAUCUGCACAACAAUCUCGUGCACCCCAGUCUGGCAAUCAACGUAUGAACGGAAACCAAAAUCAACAUCGCAACGAUAAAUCUUCUAAACCAAUUCCUGCCUCUAAACAAAAUCAGACUGCCAAAAAGGAACAGCAGGACGUUAAGACCUCUGAUAAUGAAAAAGCAGAAGCGCCUGCUAUAACAAGUGAAGAGAAUGAGAAAUCUGGAGAUAAGAAAUCUGAGUGGAAGGAAGACACGAUGGAGACCGAGGGUGAAAGAGCUGGAGAAACGUGCCAGCAGGAUGCAGAAAAUCCAGACAAAGUUGUAACGGAUGAAACAGGAUCGAAGGAAGCGAAUGUAUCUAUCACUGAGAAGGAUUCGAAAAUGACGGGCAAAAAAUCCGAAGCUAGACACGCUGAAAGUCGUUACGCCGAAGUUCCGAUGAGUCAUAUGUUCUGUCAUAUUUGUAACAAACACAUGUGGGACGGAUACUCUUUUGAAAAUCAUUUACGCGGAAGAGCGCAUCAGUUGAUGAUGGAAAAGUUGGAUGAAUCGUAUAAACUAAAAGUCGAUUUGAUGAGGCAUGAAUUAAGAGUAGCCGAAGAACAACGUGAACUCAGUUUGACUAAUUCCAAACGUCGUGGAAAGAAAGUCUCUGUAGAUCUUAAUGUACGAGAGUAUUGCACGAUGUGUGACUUGAAUUUCUAUGGAACAUUAUCCACGCACAGAAAGAGUGAGAAACAUCAACAACUAAAAACUUUCUUACAUCCAAGGUGUUUUCCUUGUUUGAAAGAAUUUCCAUCACGUAUCGAAUAUGACGAACAUUGUUUAACUCCUGGACACAUGAAAAAUGCUGUACAAUGUGAAGAACAACGAAAAAAUAAAAAGAAAGAAAAACUUGCUAAAGGGGAAGCUGAAGUACGCACUGGUGAAGAUGAGGAAAAAGAUGUUGGCCCAGAUAAUAAAAAUGAAAAGGAAGAAGAAGCAACAGGAGAACUUGAAUAUAUUACAGUGGUAGAACUGAUUAUUUCUAAAUAUUAUUUCCAUUGUGUUUUAUUGUACUUAACUCUGAUUCACUGUCGUUUUCCAGCAAAAUCUAUGGUAAAAGAAGUUCAAGGAUUUUACUGCGAGAAAUGUAGGAGGUUUAUGCUCCUAGAAGAUGAUAUGAAUGCUCAUUUACGUAGUAUCACACAUUACCGGAAUUUUGUCCUAGAAGUGAAGACUUUAACUUCGACCACGGAAACUGCAGAACAAAAAGUGACAAUAAAAUCUGAACAUAUUGAAAGUACUCAAGAAAAUGACACAGAUUAUGAUGCAGACUGGAAGCGUUGUAAAAUGGAUCCUGACGCAGGGGAGGACAGUUACGUUGAAAUGAAAAACAUGCAGGAAAAUAAUCUUGACAAUGCAAACGCUCAGAAGAAAACUGACGGGGAUGAAAAGUAUGAUCCGUUAGAAGCGGACGCAGAAUCUGAGGAAGAAACACGCGAAGUGGACGGUAACAACGAUCAGGUUUCGCAGAACGCUACUAGUAGUCCGGAAAAGAAGACGCCAGUUGAUAAGAUGUGGGCUGAUAUCGAUAAUGAUAACGAAGCAGAGAUAGGUAAUUUAAUUGACGACGGAGAUGAAAAAGAACAAGUUGAUCAAGAGAAACCCGCACAGAAAUUAGACAGGGACCAGAGUCUGCAAGUAAAAUCAUCUCGCGGUCGAGGUUUCUCUCGUGGGCGCGGUAGCCCUCGGGCCCGAAGAGGCAGACGGUAAAGCUAUUCCUCUUUCACAGACAAAGUAAGCUUGAGUGUAUUCUAUAAUUAUUACAUCAUUUAAUAAUAGUGCUGUCUAUUAUCAAGAUUUAUUAAGUUAGUCUAUUUGAUUUUUUGUCAAUGUUUGAACAAUUUAGUUUUCUAUCAUUUUUUUGAUAAACUAUAAAAGGUUCUCCCUCUUUCUUAAUUGUUACCCAUAUUAUGUGGAUAGAACACUGUACAAUCAUUCAUGUACUACUUGCGCUGUAAAACUGAGUAUAAAGGCAUUUUAAAUUAAUUUACUCAAGUUCUUAUAUAAGAACAUUGAUGUAUGUAUUGCAAUCUUGUGUAGUAUAUAGAUUCUUGAAGAAAAAUAUAUGCUUAAUGAUGGGGUAUGCUUUUACGCAUUGACAUCAUGUUGCGAUUAUUCUACAUUAAGAAAAAUUACUAUUUCGAGUAAUUAAAAGAUGUCUUUUUUUUUAAGCAACAAUUUUAAGAAACUAUCGUAAGAGGAUCUCUACUAAUUGUAUCUUCGAAAUAAACCGGGUAUGAUACUGAUACGAAUUUUACCGAAUUUAUGCCUAAUUCUAAUGAAAAACCUGAAAUCGUGGUGUAUGAUCAUAAAUAUAUAAUUCGAUAAUGAUUUUAUUUUCUUCAUUAUGUAGAAGAAUCUUAUAUUUCUUUUAUAUGUCAAACGGCGUUGUAACAGGAGUAUAAAAAGAUGUAUGUAUGCUACCUUGAUAUAUAUAUGUUAUAAAACCCACAGUCUAUAUUCCAAAAUGAUCCUUUGUCAUUUUGUGAUUAUAAUAAUCACUAAAUCAGUUAACGAUUCAAGUUGUAGUAAAAUUUAGAUUCAUAUUACGUUGAUUCUAACAGUAUCGAAUGUCUCGAGAAUAAAUCGAUAUAGAAGUUUCAUAUUUUUUUGUGCAAAGCCAUCAAAUAUAUUGUCCACCAAAAUGUUUAAAUGUAAUAAAACGUGACAUUGCACUUGUAAA